AUGGAAUUUCUGGAAAGAACUUAUCUUGUGAAUGACAAAGCCACCAAGAUGUAUGCCUUCACACUAGACAGCGUGGAACUCCAGCAGAAACCCUUGAAUAAAGAUCUAUGUCCUGGAGAGAAGCCAGAGGAGCUUGAGUCAGGAGCCAUCAAUCACUGCCACAGCCACUCCAAGGCCACAGAGAACAGGGCAAAGGAGCAAGUCUAUGCCAAGUGGAAACUCUGUGCUGCUUCAGGAAUAUGCUUCGUUUUCAUGAUUGCAGAGAUCGUGGGUGGGCAUAUUGCUGGGAGUCUUGCUGUCAUCACAGAUGCUGCCCACCUCUUCAUUGACCUGACCAGUUUCCUGCUCAGUCUCUUCUCCUUGUGGUUGUCAUCAAAACCCCCCUCCAAGAGGCUAACAUUUGGAUGGCACCGAGCAGAGAUCCUUGGUGCUUUACUGUCCAUCCUUUGCAUCUGGGUGGUGACUGGUGUGUUGGUAUAUCUGGCUUGUGAACGCCUGCUGUACCCAGAUUACCAGAUCCAAGCCACCGUGAUGAUCAUCGUUUCAAGCUGCGCAGUGGCAGCCAAUGUGAUAUUAAGUGUGAUUUUGCACCAGAGAUGUCCUGGACACAAUCACAAGGAAGUGCAAGCUAAUGCCAGUGUCAGAGCUGCUUUUGUACAUGCCCUUGGAGAUCUAUUUCAGAGCAUCAGUGUGUUAACCAGUGCACUUAUUAUCUACUUUAAGCCAGACUAUAAAAUGGCCGACCCAAUCUGCACAUUUGUCUUUUCUGUCCUGGUUUUGUCCAGCACCAUCACCCUCUUAAAGGACUUCUCCAUCUUACUCAUGGAAGGUGUGCCAAAGAACCUGAGUUACGAUGGCGUGAAAGAGCUUAUCUUAGCGGUGGAUGGAGUGGUGUCUGUGCACAGCUUGCACAUCUGGUCGCUAACAAUGAACCAAGUGAUUCUCUCAGCUCAUGUUGCUGCAGCAGCCAGCUGGGACAGCCAGGUUGUCCGCAGAGAAAUUGCGAAAGCCCUCAGCAGUAGCUUUCCUGUGCACUCACUCACCAUUCAGAUGGAGUCUCCAGCCGACCAGGACUCUGACUGCCUUUUCUGUGAAGACCCCCGGGACUAGCUCAGUCACACUGUCCGCUCCUCAAGUUUGACAGUCCACUACAUGCUGCUCUGCAGUUUCUAAGAAACCAAAGGAAGAAGUUUGAGAAAUUCAUGAUGCAGUACAAUGCACAUCUUAUCCUUCUUUAUGGAGCUCCAUCCACCAUGAAUGAA